AUGCUCUCUGGAAGACCAUUUAGAGCCAUCUUCACUGUCAGAGACCCAAGGGACGUUGUUGUAUCAGGAGGAUAUGCAACGGCGCUUCGUGCAUUCAUGGCUGAGUAUUCAAAAGAUCCCAGAGUUGCAUUCGUCCGUUACGAAGACAUGUGGUAUUGGGAGGACAGACGGCUCGGACAGUCCUUUGCUGCCAUUGGAUCUUGGUACGGCAUCCCAGCUGGUCAGGAACUCAAAGACUUUGUCCAAGCGGCAAUCAAGGUCGGCCAGGAGACUGCAGCUUACCGGACGCCUGCACGAUCUACCCUGGUCAAGGAAGACAAGGGGAACCGUCACUUCCGGAAGGGCACACCAGGCGACUGGAAGAACCACUUCAACUGGCAGAACAAAGCUUACUUCCGCACGAAGUUGGGGAACCUGCUGCAAGAGCUUGGCUACGAGUCUGACGAUAGUUGGUGA